CGAAUCCGAUGGUAAACGAUUGGUGUUGAUCGGUGAUUGACGCAUUCUACGAAAAGUAAACAAUAUUGAAACACAAAAAAUGUCAAUUCUUAAUCAGAGCAUUCAUUCAGUUGGAUAAAUUGUUGCACAAUGUUUUGCCGAUUUAUUAUUUUACUCAAUGUUCUAAUUGUAAUUUAUGGGUAUCUUAUUGAAAGUCCUGACUUUGAAAGCGAUUGGUUGCGGAUCACUGCACAGAGUAGCGGGUCAGAGAUCAAGGUCAGUCAUGGUCUCGGAACAGCGCCGGUUUUGGUAGAUGUUCUGGUGAAGGCCAUAGACGGACCAAACGAGGGAUUCAUAUUCAAAGCUAUAGGUCAUGGUGAACGGGAUGAUGACAACACACUUGACAAGUAUGGUGGCGUCAUAUACAUAUAUAAUGACGUCAGUGUUUUUGUCAUGACGCCAGCUGGAAAUAACGGUAACAGAGGUGGUGCAGCAAUCUAUACAGGAUCUUCUCCUUAUUGGCAUGGACCAAACACUCAAAUGAGUUUCAGUGCCGAUAUAAAAGUGAAGUGUUGGACGGCAGCCUCCCUCCCACCGCCAUGUGUUCAAAUAACAGAUAUCUAUAUGUCUGCUGGAUCGCCGAAUGUUGAUGACACGUAUAAGGAAAUACAGCAUAAUCAGACAGAGUACCCGUCUAUUGUAAAGGUCAGAGUUCAAAUUACAAAUGGAAAAGAAUCAGGCUGGUAUUCAGAUGCACAAGGGUCAUCAGCAUAUAACUACAUUACAAUGGGAGCUUGGUAUGUAACAGGAGGACUAAAGUUCGCCUACAACAACGAAACAAUCCGAAUAUGGACUUCGUCAUAUCCGGCUCCAAAUGGCAUAAUUUUUGCCAGAAACGAUGGUUGGGGAAAUAUCAAAUCUGUGUACGGUGUUUCUACGGCCGGCUAUGUCGAAGUGAACGCUUGGUGUAAUCUAAAAACUUCACAUGAAGAAGUUCUCCAAUUUGGACCGGGUAUAAUUAAUGAAUCCAUGCAGUUCAACUUCCCAAAUAUAUAUUCAGCUUUUGAGGCAUUCCAUAUCACGAUGAUGGUUCGAGCCGUUGAUGGACCAAACAAAGGCUAUCUUUUUGAUGGUAUAGGAGGAGCGAUGCCUAACAGAUACAACAUUGGUCAACCAUGUUCUUAUGGUGGUCUUGUAUAUGCCCGCAAUAAAACUUGUGUACGGAUCUGGCGCCCUGAUUAUGCUACAGGCGGUGCUAUCUGUAUAUCAGAGAAUAUGGGUCAUGGUACAAACUCGCAAGCUUCUCAAAGCGGAGAAUUGCUAUUCAAAGUGUAUACGCCUCCAACCUUUAAGAAAGCUCCAGAGUAUGAACCGGCACCGUUAGUUUGCAGUCAUUUCACAAUCCACGGAAAUGAUGUAGGUUACAACGAAAAGCCGAUCGCCGCCUUGUACAAUAUAAGCACGUUACUCUCGUGCGAUUACUCAUGUCGACAAUAUAAUGCAUGUGUGCUCUACUCGUACAAAAACGACACAUGUUACAUAUACAACACCACCGACAACGCUCUUUUGUAUUCAUAUGAAAACUCUCAAGUAUGGGGAUUAAAGACCAGAAUUUAUAACGGAAUGCUGGACGAGCUGUGAUUUAAACUUGUUACAUUGUUCUUAUCAAGAAGUAAUAACAAUAAAUACUAUGUAUACAAUUACAUAUUCAUAAUGCUAUGAUUCACAUAUUAUCUUUAGUGAUUUCCACAGCAAACCUAAUAUACACAUAUUUCAAAUAUCUUACGGUCUUUUUAUGCAUUUGAGACACAUCGUUGUUAUUGUGUGAUAUCCAACAAAUUUUAAGUAUAUUUUAAAAGAAAAGAAAAGAAACUUUAAAUGGACAUUAAUUUCCGUGACAAAAAUAUUCAAAAGGAAACUUUAAAGUGAUUUGGUCUACAAUGAACCCAUUUUCCAUAAAUAUUUCAAAUAGUGUACAGUAGAAAUUUAUCAUUUGGAUUUUCUUUUAAAAUGCUGCUUGAAAAAACAUGUUGAACAAGUUAUUAAGAAUGACAAUUAAUCUGAUGAAUAAUAACAUUUGAGCUGCGCCAUGACAAAACCAACAUAAUGGGUUUGCGACCAGCAUGGAUCCAAACCAGCCUGCGCAUCCGCGCAGUCUGAUCAGGAUCUGUGCUGCUGUCCACUAUCAGUUUCACUACGUGUUAUAGGGCUUGU